AUGACAGACUCAAAAUACUUCACCACUACCAAGAAGGGUGAAAUUUUUGAGCUGAAAACAGAGUUAAAUUCUGACAAGAAGGAGAAGAAGCGUGAAGCUGUCAAAAAGGUUAUCGCAAGUAUGACCGUGGGGAAGGAUGUGAGUGCAUUAUUCCCCGAUGUGGUCAAUUGCAUGCAAACGGAUAAUGUUGAGCUAAAGAAACUUGUGUAUCUUUACCUGAUGAAUUACGCCAAAAGUCAGCCCGAUUUAGCUAUAAUGGCCGUCAACACCUUUGUUAAGGACUGUGAAGAUCCUAACCCACUUAUUCGAGCUCUCGCAGUGCGUACCAUGGGUUGUAUCCGUGUUGAGAAGAUAACUGAAUAUUUGUGUGAACCACUGCGGAAGUGCAUGAAGGACGAGGACCCUUACGUACGCAAAACAGCCGCCGUAUGCGUCGCUAAACUUCAUGAUAUGAACCCUAAGCUUGUGGAAGAACAAGGUUCGUUAUUGUUAUUCUCAGGCCAAGAUUAUUUAGUGUUUUUAUUGUUUGCCUUAUUUCAGGGUUUGUCGAACUACUCAAUGACCUUAUUGUCUGAUGCAAAUCCGAUGGUGGUUGCCAAUGCAGUGGCUGCGUUGACUGAAAUAAAUGAACAACGACCACUCAUUGAGGUAACGUUUUCGUUCGUUCAAUAUCUGGUCAACAGUCAAAUGGUGAACAAGCUUCUAACUGCUCUUAAUGAAUGUACCGAAUGGGGACAGGUGUUUAUUCUGGAUGCGUUGGCUGGCUAUAGACCUCGAGAUGAACGAGAGGCACAAAAUAUUUGUGAAAGAAUUUCGCCUCGUCUUGCCCACGCGAACGCUGCUGUGGUUCUCUCCACUGUUAAGGUCUUGAUGAAAUUGGUUGACAUGCUGCCGCCAGAUUCGGAAUUCAUUAACCAGCUGACAAAGAAACUCGCGCCACCAAUGGUCACAUUACUGUCAGCGGAGCCGGAGAUCCAGUAUGUCGCAUUGCGCAACAUAAACCUUAUCGUUCAGAAGAGGCCGGAUAUUUUGAAACAAGAAAUGAAGGUCUUCUUCGUUAAGUAUAACGAUCCUAUUUAUGUGAAAAUGGAGAAACUGGAUAUUAUGAUCCGACUUGCCCAGCAGAACAAUAUUGCACAGGUGCUCAGUGAACUCAAAGAGUACGCUACUGAGGUUGACGUAGAUUUCGUUCGCAAAUCCGUAAGAGCCAUUGGCAGAUGUGCUAUAAAGGUGGAAACGAGUAGCGAACGCUGCGUUGCCACGUUACUAGAACUUAUUCAAACGAAAGUCAACUACGUGGUCCAGGAAGCUGUGGUUGUCAUAAAGGACAUCUUCCGUAAAUACCCGAAUCGCUACGAAAGCAUUAUCUCUACCCUAUGCGAGAACCUGGACACGCUGGAUGAACCAGAAGCACGCGCGUCCAUGAUAUGGAUUAUCGGUGAAUACGCCGAAAGGAUUGAUAAUGCUGACGAACUGUUGGAAAGUUUCGUCGAAGGAUUCCACGACGAAAACACCCAGGUGCAACUACAGUUGCUUACCGCAGUUGUGAAGUUAUUCCUGAAACGACCUACUGAUACCCAGCAAUUGGUUCAACGUGUGCUGUCUUUGGCUACUCAAGACAGUGAUAAUCCCGAUUUGAGGGAUCGCGGGUAUAUAUACUGGCGCCUGUUGUCGGCUGAUCCCGCUGCAGCUAAGCAGGUUGUUCUUGCUGAGAAGCCGUUAAUCUCAGAAGAAACUGAUCUUCUGGCACGCCAAGUGCUCUUCUUUGACCAACUUUCUUGCCAUAAGUCGGGCAGCUGGCUUCGUUUAUCAUACACCCCCACCCUUCGUUCGUUGAUAGUGCAAGACAACCACUACGAGCAGGAACUGGCUUCACAAAGUAUGGCAUUUUUGUAUUACAAAUAUAUUAUGUUACAUGUAGACGAUGUUGUCAGACCAGUUUAUCGGGUCUUAGUCUGUCACGAAAUUAUCGCCGUAGGUUUUGCCUUCGUUGCUGCAAAUUUGUUUUCUAGUGGUCAGUCAUCGGUUGAUUCCACCGGUGGAGCUGCGCCAGGUGUCGCUCGAAACGUUGCUCCUACUGUGAUUCCUUCACAGGAUACCCUUAUUGCGGAUCUGCUGUCUCUUGAUAUUUCUACACCUAUGGGUGCGAUGAAUACAAUGCCGACUUACGCUCCGAUGUCAACGUCUGGUGGGCUGGACGACCUUUUGGGACUAGGAGGCCCGUCUCUUGUCGAACCUGCUGCUCCUCCAGUGGCUUCCACCACCUUUGAUCCACUUGCCAAUUUGGGCCUUGGAGCGCCUUCUGCUGCCCCAGUAGCACCUCUAGGCGGCCUCGGUGACAUUUUCGGCGGAACUCUAGGCUUGGUAGACACAAGUUUUGGUUAUCAGGCGCCGAAACAGUUGUGGCUUGAUGCAGCCAAAGCAAAGGCAAUGCAACCCCUUUCGGGAUUCGCGAUUCAGUUCAACAGGAACUCGUUUGGAUUGGCUCCAGCUGAACCUCUCAGGGUUCCGUCUCCACUGAUGCCAAGCCAGAGUGUCAACGUGAGUAAUUCUGCUUGGACAGUGACGAUACAGCGCUAUAAUCUUCUUUCUUAG